GUUUCAGGAUUAACAGUUUUGCUAUCAAAGCGGGGAAGAAAGAAAAUCUUCAAAUAAUUAAUUUCAUAUAUGCCAAAAUGCCGGUUUUGUAUAAUUUAUAGCAAACUGUGUACGGACGAUAAAGCGAAGGCGUGAGAAAUGGCAUUUGUAUCCGGAGGAGGCGGUGGUGGCGGUGGUGCCGGAAUUGGAGGAAUAGGAAGUGGUUUACCGACGGUAGCACAACCAGUAGCAACACCAUGUGGCAUACCUUCUGCGUCGUUACGUCCUCAGGAUGCGCAAGCGAUGUCACCGCGUGGUGCAGCGUCACUUAGUGCAGCAGCCUUGGCAGCUGCGCAGGUUUCGGCAACCCCAAUUCCCGCAGCUCAUCUGCUUUACCAACAAUUUCUUUCGGCCGGAGCUGUUGCGGCGCAGUCGCAGUUGUUGCAAGGGACCGCAGCAGCUGCAGCUGUAUCGCAAACGGCACCAUCCCUUCCGCCGCCGACGCAAAUAUUGCCACAAGCCGCUGCAGCGGCAGCAGCAGCAGCAAACGCCGUGGCGGUUGCUGCGCAACAACAACAGCAAUCCGUUCCAACUCAGCAACAGCAAACAGCAUCUGCACCUCAAUCGCAACAGCAGCAACAACAACAGAAUCAAGCAUUUGUACUAGCAAAUGCAGCGCAAGCGCUUGCAAUCAAUCAACUGCUACUGCAGCAGAAUCCGCUGCAGCAACAGGUGCAAGCAGCAUUGGCGCAAUUACUCAAUCCGUUCGCUUUCUAUCAACCACAUUUGACGGCAUUAUUGCAACAAAGUCAGCUUACUGCUGCCAAUCACAUGCAACAAGCGCAGCAACCACCUCAAAUUCAAGUUCAAAAUGGGAUUGGAGCACCGAUAGCUGCUCAACAACAGCAAAAAAUGAUUGAAAAUUUGCUGGCGGAACAGGUGGUUCGAAAUCCGACAACACACGACAAAAUAGAUAUAUCGCAACCGGUUGUGGCAGACAAUAGAAAUGUCGGAUUGCUGACAAGUGCAGAGUCGGUGAAGGAGCACAUUUCGCGGUUGAUUAGCGAAAAUGAAGCAAUUCUGGAACAGAAUCCGGGUCUUAUUAAAAGGCGUCCGUAUCAUCGUCAAGUAGGCUCGCAGUCGUCCGUUGAACUUGAAACGGGUAUUAGAAGUCAAAGUAAUUCACCAGGAUUGCGUGACGUACGCUUACAGUUCACACAUGGUCAGUCAUUCUAUGAAUCGCACAAACCACUCGCUGUACGAGUUACCGGUGGUCCAUUAACCAAUGGUCAUCCGAUCGUAAAAGCAUCAGAUAAAUGUAUAUGCAAUUAUUGCGAAUUAAAGUUCCCAAAUGAUGCUGCUCUUGUUGCUCACGAAAUACGUUGCAGCAAACGAGCUGAAAUACAUUCGCAAGGAACAUCGUCAUCAGCAUCAUCAUCAGCAAUAGCCGCUGCACAUCUCCAAAUGGUACAGCAACAAAAUCCUGCAAAUACCGUGCUAGUUGAUAGAAUUGGGCGUAAAUCUGUAACAAACACCUGCAACAAUAAUAAUAUAGCUUCUUCCCCUGUGUUACGCGAAAAUCGUCAUCCACUCAAACGACGACUGCUAGCAGCUGCGGAACAUCUCGACGAAUCUCAAGCAUCCAUAAGCAAAACUCCGAAAUUGGAAACAUCCAAACCAAGUGUAAAUGUUGCAAAUCCAGUCAGUAUGUCGUUACCUGCUACACAUUACAAAGCUCCAGUAGUUCCCCAACGAAGUUUCAAUAACAGUAGUACUAUCAGUGGUAUUAGUGAGACUUCCGUUCCUAUUACACAAACGGUGAUAAUGGUAACUUCUCAUCCUACCAAUCAACUUGUAGCUUCAAAGAAUGUACAAACCUAUCAACGAAUAUAUCCUGCCUCAACAAUUCCACAGAGUACCAGUGCAGUGGCUAACAAGCCAUACAUUUUAACGUUAAACGAUGUAUCAACAGCCCGAAACGAUGGUACGUCACGCCGAAGUCGAAUGCGUAAUAUUACCACGGAAACGUUUGCCACGUUGAACAAGCCACAGCCAAUGUUCUGUAAACAUAAGCCGAAAUUAAGCAUGUAUAGCAACUGGCAACAAUGUACGAUAGAUUCAGAGGAAGCUAAGUUGAAUUUGCUCUACAUAAGCACAUGUUCGACAAAGCCACGGAUGGGUGUUAAGCAGUUAUGGAGGUAUACUACGGCAUUACGUGAAAUGGGUGUACUCAAAGUGACGCAUUCUUCGUUUUGGGAUUAUUCGACCAAAAUACGUCUACGUCAAAAUGCAGCAGCUACAGCAACAACGGCGACACCGAUGAAUUCCCAAUCGGUGAUUGCAACCUUUGUUCAGGAACGCUCCUCUACGACAGCAUCCACAUCAGCAACUGUUUCUGCGACUAACGUUACCACUUUUGUAUCGUCAAAUAACUCUUCGAAUGGAAGGAGUGAUAAUGAUUCAAAUAUCAGUGACAAAGAGAAUAUAGCAAUAGUGGAGAAGGAUCGGAAUGCUUUGACUUCUUUGAAAGAAAUUACCGAUAAGCAACAGUCACAACGAACUCGAAUUUCAAAUGAGUCAGCAAAAACAUUAUCUCAGAAAAUAGUGGGAGGUUAUUUUUCAAAUGAAGUUUACGUGUAUGUCCGUGGACGUGGACGUGGUCGGUAUGUCUGUGGUCGUUGUGGAAUACGUUGUAAAAAACCAUCGAUGUUAAAAAAGCAUAUCAAGUCACAUUCAGAUAUACGACCAUACGGUUGUAAACAAUGUAAUUUCAACUUCAAAACAAAAGGUAACCUUACCAAACAUCUGCAAUCAAAAACACAUCGUCGUCGAAUGGCUGAAAAAGAGAAGCAGAAAAUAGUUGAGCAAGAUUCGGAUAGCGAUCAUGAUCGAUUAGAAAUUGCCAGUCUUAGUGGGACUGCUUCAACCUUUAGCAACGAUCCACUUUCAGACGAUGAAUGUUCGUCAGAUGAAGAAUUACGACCACCCUGUAAUGACAAAAACAAAAAUAUGUAUCGAAAAUUUGGUCAAGAAAAUACAUUAGUGGAACGAACAGCUCAUACACCGCCAAUGUUAUGGAUUGUUGGUGAAACGGUUUUUGAUUGGUCAAUUCCGAAUUGCUUACGGUCAUGUCACAGCGCACCACCUAGUGCGCGAUAUCCAUCGGAAGGACGGAAGCAACAAAAAUUAUUGGAAACCAAUUUUCUGCUAAAGAAAGACACCUUGGAAGACGUCCGUAGCUCUGAAGUUAAACAACCAACAACCUGUGCUGUGUCAAUGGUUCAAAGUCUGGUACCUACAACCAGUGAUUGUUCACAAUUGCAAUCACUAUCAUCCUUCAUAACAGAGCAACAACAACCUUCAGUGGGAGCAUUUUUUGCUAAAGAGACAAUGAUAUGCGAUAUUUGCAAGCGUGUAUUUCGAAGUUCGACGGAAAUGACAUUGCAUCGCAAAAUCCAUUUAAUUGGACCGUCAAAUUCACGUAUGCGGUCCUACCAGUGUAGCGAAUGCAAGUAUUCGAUUCGAUCACGUAAUGCUUUGCAGCGACAUAUGGAAGAAAGGCAUGGGAUUGUUGAAAGGUUGCAAACAGAACAAUUAAACGAUUCGGAUAACGAAGAAACCAAUACAAAUUUGUCGUCGAUGAAUCCACGAUCAUUUAUGUGUACCGAUUGCAAUAUUGGAUUUCGGAAACACGGUAUCCUCGCAAAACAUCUACGCUCAAAAACUCAUGUUAUGAAGCUGGAAAGUUUGCGUAUUAUCCCAGAAGAUUCGUUAUCACUCAUUACACGUAGAGAAGGUGGUGUAUAUUUGAACGAAAUUGAUACGACGGAUUGUGAGCGUGCACGACAAAGCAUUCUCGGGAUCAUUUCCACUUUACGUGAUUCAAAUGCCCUGGAAUGCCGUGAACAAAUGUCGCAUUUAUCAGUGCCAUUGCUACAUACUACAAAUAAUAGCAAUAACAAUAUUCAUAGCAGCACUAACAUUAGCUACUCGUCGCAGCAGUUGAAGAUACAACGUUCUCCUGUGCCAUCAACUAGUACUAGCCAAUCCUUUGUUGAAAAUAAACGAUUACUAACUGGUCAGCAGCAUACGUCAAAACGUCCCGACGCCUUAGCAGCAAAGAUGCUGACUGAAAUAUCACCCAGAAAAUGCGAUAUGACAAUGUCGCAGCGAAAAUCGGAUGAGUUAACUGGCAAAUCGAUCUCUGCAAACGUUUGGAUGCCACCGAAACUUGAUGUAAAUUCGACUUCUGAUCGUCGCUCUGUUGAUAUAUUUGGUCGUUCAACAGUUGAUUCCGCUGCUCUUUCAGAUAACGGUUCCUCUGUACGAUCUGAUGAAGCAAACAGUGAAGGAGCUGGACGUAGUGAAAGCUCGACACCAACGCAACGUGUUUUGGCUGCUACAGCACCAUCACCUGUUUUGCCAGCUUCUACCAGAUGCAAUCUUUGUGAGGUCAACUACGAAUCCAGCUUUGAUUUGCAGGUACAUCUUCACGCUGAUCAUGUGAUGUUACGGGAUGGAAAAGAUUUUUGCUGUCCAAAGAAACAAUGUGACAAAGUCUAUCCAAGUCGUGAAAAUCUUAGACAGCAUAUCGCUGCACAUUAUCAUGGCGGUGCUAAUGCACCUUUGCCAGAUAGUCGUGAUGAAAUCGAGAGUGCAAUUGUAGUGUUAUCAGAUGCAAGUGACACAUCGGUAGUUCUGCACCGUAAAUUAACGAAUUCAACACCUGGGCAACAUAUGAAUUCGGUGCCAAAUCAUAGUCCGAAUGCACCAGAAGAAUCUCAUACAGCGUGUUCAAAAACAUCUACAUGCAGUUCUACAUUAAUGUUAUCGAUGGAUUCUGAUGAUGCGGAUACCGGAACCAAUGGAUUGGUGAAACAACGUCAGCCGACAAAACUAAAUGAAAUUGAAAUUGAAAAAGCGAACGGAUGCAAUACUGUAGAUACAGCUAUUCAUGAUCGGAAAUGGUCAGCGUCGACGCAACCAACCGUGACAUCUGCAUCAUCCGUAAAUGCUGCAACGGUAUCAGCAGCUUUACCUUGUGCCAUCUGUGGACAAUCAUUCCCGGAUGCUUUUGCUUUGCAGCGACAUUGGCUGUCGCACGUUUGCGACCGACCACAUAUUUGCAAGCAGUGUGAUGCCGGAUUUACAACUGCUGAUGCUCUGAACACUCAUGCUUUAACGCAUCAAAAUAGCAGACGUGAACGGUGA